ACUUCUUCUCGGCAGCUCAACACAAACAUCACAUCCCCGGGUCUCUCCAUUCUCUCUCUCACUUCUCGCUCCUCUUCUCCUCGUAGCCACCAACCAAAAUGGAGAAUUCAGUCUCUGUGGCAGAACCUGUUGGUUUCCUCUUCCUCCAUAACACCCUCAACUGGAUCAUUAUGAUGCUCGAGAAGUUCUCACUAUACGUCCCUUUCUCCGCAUGCGUGUCUAUGCUCCUGGAUGCGCAACCGCUGAAGUGCAAAACCAGUCACCCUGGAGAUGAAGACAUCGGCCUAAGUAGCGAAGACAUGGAGGUGGUCAUGGACAGCGUGGGGCUAAGGCGCAACCACGAAGGUGAGCACCUCAAGGAGGAGACGGCCUCCGAUGAGAUCUCUAGCCUGUUUGAAGAGAGGGAGCCGAGUUUGGAAGAAGUAAAAGCUGCCUUCCAUGUCUUUGACGAGAACAACGAUGGGUACAUUGAUGCAGGGGAGCUACAAAGUGUUCUCCUUAAGCUUGGUUUCACAGAAGGGUUGGAGUUGGAUGCGUGCAUGAGCAUGAUAACUAUCUAUGACGAAAACCAUGAUGGAAAGAUAGGUUUCACCGAGUUUGUGAAGCUUAUGGAGAUCAGUUUUUGCUGAAACUUUUCUCUCUCUUUCUUUCAUGUACUCCCCUUCUUCGGAUUUGUAUAAACUGAAUCCAUAAACGAGUAUUUCGAUCAAAUUUGAAAUCCUUGUGCCAAUUUGCCA